CUCUCCGCCUUCUUGAGUAAUCUAUCCAGAUUCCCAUCGGUGGGGUUCAUCCAAAGCACGUUCCUCCGCUUCAACACGGAACCGCAACAACAACGUUUAUUUUUUUCUGUGUCAUUUCAACUGGAACAAGCUUCCUCUGCGUUCAGUCAGCCAGAAGAGAAGACAGACUGUGAGCCGCCCUCACUAUGAAUUGGGCAUUCCUCCAGGGCCUCCUCAGUGGGGUUAACAAGUACUCGACAGCCUUCGGCCGUGUGUGGCUCUCCAUUGUUUUCCUCUUCAGGGUGAUGGUGUUUGUGGUGGCUGCUGAGAAAGUAUGGGGUGAUGAACAGAAGGACUUCAAGUGCAACACAGCUCAGCCGGGAUGCCACAACGUCUGCUACGACCACUUCUUCCCAGUGUCCCACGUCCGGCUGUGGGCCCUGCAGCUCAUCUUCGUCACUUGCCCCUCUUUCCUGGUGGUGAUGCAUGUGGCCUACAGGGAGGACAGGGAACGCAAAAACCGCCUCAAAUACGGUGAGAACUGCCGGCGUCUCUAUAAGAACACGGGCAAAAAGCGUGGAGGCCUGUGGUGGACCUACGUCCUGACCCUGGUCUUCAAAAUUGCUGUGGAUGCCACCUUCGUCUACCUUCUCUUCCGCAUCUAUGAAGGCUAUGACUUCCCUACCCUCAUCAAGUGCCAGCAGAAACCCUGUCCCAACACGGUGGACUGCUUCAUUGCUCGGCCCACAGAGAAACGGAUCUUCACCAUCUUCAUGGUGGUCACCAGCCUGAUUUGCAUCCUGCUGUCCAUUUUCGAGAUCCUCUAUCUGGUGGGCAAGCGUUGCCGCGAGUGCUUCACCACUAUCCAUCACUCACACCGGGUCAUGGCAACCUCAACUGGCAAUCUGGUGGAGGCGAGCACUUUAAGGCUGGCAGGCAAAAACACCCCUCAAACCCCUGCCCCUUCAUACAGCAUGGCCAUAUCUUGAUACUGAUGCAGGGCAAAGACUUCAUGAGAAACCAAGGAAGGCAAAGGAAAGGAUUUAUUUAUGCGGAUGAUGAUUCCUCUGUCCCAUCCAAGGACAUUUCCCUAGAGACUUCCUCACAGACAUUUUGUCCUCAGAGACUGAACUGUAAUGCAGCUUGCCAUGUUUCUAUUGCUGUAUCAUAACAUCCACUGUCAGAGCAUCUGAAAAGGACCACUAAAAUAAGCAUUCAACGUGCCUACCUUAUAUCAUGAAGGUGGAAUGUGUUGGUUUGGGCCAGAGUUUUAUGUUUACAGUUGAAGUUCUGUAACCUUACCAAAAAAGCAAGUUGGUGUGAGGCACCAUGAGAGAUGCCUCGGUUCGAGUACCAUGGAACUGAACGCAUGAGUCAGUUUUACAUCAAACAUCCAUCAUUUGUAGUGGUUUAGCAAACAAGUGUCUUUCAGUGUAGUAUUUCUCCUCUUUGUUUAUCGCUCCACCUCAAAAUGUUCCUGUUCUUGUGUUUUGUAAAAGGUUUUAAGUUUGUCCACAAGUUGAAACUGCACUUAAGCUCUUUGUAUCGUUCUGAUUUUCCUAUUUGAAGUUGACACACCAUCUUCUACAGAAUUUAUCCACUAUUAAGGCUUGAAAGAUUGUGCUGUUCAUAUUGCAUUGUUGCCUCAUGUUUUUAGUGGUAAAAUCUUACAAAGACACAAGAGGGGAUUAUGAUGUCGUUUUGUAAACACUAUAUGU